AUCUUACCUAUAGUCGACCCUCUAAAUCUAUGCAAUACCGCCAUUUAUCUCAAUUUGUUUUGAGUAUAAAGACAAACACUCACAAAUUUAAUAUCUUUGAUAAGAAGCAGCGUAUAUAUUUUAGAAAAUACGUUUAAUUUGAGUUAUAUAGUAACAGAAAUGACAUCUGCGUUAGAAUCCAUGGUAGUCGACGAAAAACAACUUCCUGAGAAACCAGUGGACAGAGAGAAAACCUGUCCACUUUUACUACGAGUCUUCUGUAAUACUGGACGUCAUCAUAACAUAAUGGAAUACAGCAGAGGGAACGUUCCUUCAAACGAAUUACAAAUUUACACAUGGAUGGAUGCUACUUUGAGAGAAAUUACUGGAUUAGUUAAAGAAGUUAAUCCAGAUGCUCGUAGCAAGGGAACCUACUUUGAUUUCUCAUUAGUGACUCCUGAAUUACGUAAUUCUGGCUAUCGUAUGCGUGAGAUUGGUGUUACAUGCUCUGGUCAAAAAGGUGCUGAUGAUAACAAAACACUUGCACAAGCCAGGUUUACAAUUGGUGAUUAUUUGGAUAUAUCAAUAACACCACCUAACAGAAUGAUGCAACCAGCAAUAAGACGUGGAGGCUUGCGUCAAUAUUAAAUAUAAGAAACUUAAGAUUUAUUAGUUAUAAUAAUGACUACUUAUAAUUGUAAGAUUACACAGACUAAAUGGCACAUUUCCAUUACGAUUUUCCAAGAUUUUCUUCUAACAAACAAAAUAAUUUUGUCAAAGAACAAUGUUAAGAAAGUGACAAUAUUUGUCAUUAAAGUUGCUCUUCCAAAAUCUAUAUUCUAAUAUUGUCUAAAAUAUACAUUCCAUAUUAGCAUUUAUUACUUUUUUACAAAAUUUGCAGAAGAAAAUAUAAUGUUAAACAGGUUCCACACAAAAUUAUCUCUUCAAUGUUCUUUCGUACUUAUGUUUUUCUACUUUAAUGCUCUGGUUUUCCAGAUUAAUAAUUUAAUAGUUUUUCAGAUUAAUAAUUUAAUAGUGUAAAACAUUCAGCACAACUGCCACUCGAUCUGUUUUUAGCACUUUUAUGCGGAUUUUAUCAAAUAUUAACAAAUCUAUAAGAAUUAAAAAAUUAAAUAAUAAAUCCUUUCCCUUCUCUUAUA